AUGGAAAACUAGGAAUAGAGUCUUGAAGAAGUUAAGGAAGCUAUUAACCAAGAAGAAUAAGAACCAGAGAACAUUACAGAUUCUUAGAUGUAAUCUCAAAAAGAUUCUGAAUCCGAGUAGCAAAAUCAAAGCUAGCUUGACAAUUCCAAUGAAUAGAUAGACAUCAAAAUGGCAAAAGAAUUGAUGGAUCAUUAGAUAUUACCACCCGUAUUUAUUAUUCAAGCUAAGUUAUCUUGGUUUCAAAGACUACAAUCUUUCAAAGAAUAGUAAGGAUCAACAAAUGAGACAACUUAAGCAAAGAACUAAGUUGAGGUAUUGGAGGAAAAUCAAAAAAUCAAAAUCCUAGAGAAAUAUUCUCAUCUGGCAUUAAAAGAUCUUAGCAAAUGUACUAGAGAGAUUAUUCAUAAUUAUUUCGCUUGCAUUCUCAAAAACUCUGACAAGAUGUGCUUGCUUGAAAAAAUUUUCUACGAUCAGUUUAUGAAAAUUUACCCAUGUCACAACAAAUCCUAAAUAAAGUUAAAAGAGUAUCCUAGGCUAACUUAAUCAUGCAAAAGUUUUGAAACACUAUAAUAGCAAUUGAGAGAGCAUAUGAAAAAAUAAGGAGAUUAGCCGAUGAACGAGUCAGUUGAUAUAAAAUCAUUCUCACAAUAGAUAAGUGAUCAUGAAUGCUAAGGCUACUAGCAAAAACCUCAUUCAUUUUCGCACAGGGUUUGCUAGAAGGGCUACAAAGAAAUAAGAGAAAAUUCUUUGAAUAAUUUGAUCGAUUUAAAAUAUAUACAAAAUUGGAUCUACAUGCACGAAAAUCUAGCAAGACUCUUUGAAUCUGCUGUUGAAACUGAGUUUAGAGAAGAUGAUAUUCCCAUAAAUAAGCCAGAUAAACAAAAAAUUCACCCAAUAACAAAAGGAUUCUAUGAAAAGUACAGCUAGUUGUCAGAAUUCGUGAAGUAAUAGAAGGAAAAAUUGAGCAAAAGUAGCACCGUUUAAAAUGAAUUACAAAAUAAAUAACCGAAUUGCAAGAUUGCAUCUUUCAAAAAUCUGGAAGAGAGCAAAGAAUCUAAUGGAAGUUAUACUCGAACUUAUAGAAAUAUAGAUUCUAACAAAAACACAGAUGAGUUGUUAAAUUAUAUAGCCUCUAAAACCAUGGGCGAAGAUAUGAUAAAACUUUAAUCAAAAAUUCAACAAUUUAAAUAGACUUAAAAAGCUAUAUUCAGCGUCUAAAAUGAUUUUAGAAACAAAGAUCAUCUACCUUAAAGGUAGAGUGCCAAGUCAGAGGAGGAAUGUCCGUAUCCAGAGACGAUGGAAGUAGAUUUUAACGGAAAUCAAGAUUUAGGAGUAAUAACAGAUUAAAGUUAAGCUUUAGAAGAAGGAUACAGAAUCUUCUUGAGAGCAUGCAUUUUAGUAGUAACCCUAAUUAAAUCAAGUAAAAUUCCAUCAGACCAAGUCAUAGAUACUUUGAUGUCAAUAAUGGAUGAAUAUGCUGGAAAAUUACUACAAUAGAACCAAUAAAAGUAGAAUGAAGCAUGA